UCGAGCUAAACUGGAGGGAUUUCUGGAGUAUGGAGACUGUGCAGCUAACACGCUAGCAGAGGAAAGAUAACUUAUCUACAACUAACCUGCUCCUCUUGGUAAACAAGUUAACUCCAAGGCUCUCACCAUGGAUUUAGAAGAUGACACCACUGUUUUAACAACCUUGAAGUCCUUCAACUCCUUCAUAAGCCGCACUGAACCUCCACAGAGGCUGUCCGAGCACUCAGCAGGGACUGGAAACCUGCAGACUCAGUACAAACGCAGCAUGGAGUUGUUGGAAGCUGCUGAGAGGGUUCACUCUCAGAAUCGCUACCUGCAGUUGGACCAGGAGAAGAAGCAGAUGGAGCUGAGUCAUAAGAGAGCCCGGUUUGAGCUGGAGAAAGCUGCUUCUGAUAGUGCUCGAGACUUGGAGCAUGAGGUUGAUAAGAACCAGGACCUCUUGGGAAGAAUGAAAAGAUUGGAGGAGAGAGAGAUGGAGGUAGUGAAGAACCUAUCUGAGCAAGUGGAGGCAAACCGCUCUCUCCGUAAGAAUCUGGAAGAGAUGAACAAAAAACUGGAGGAGAGAGAGAGCAGAUUAAACACUGCUAAUCAGACCAUCAGCUCUUUUAAGGAUGAGAUCAGAGAGCUGAAGCAGAACAUUCAAAGUCAAGACUUGACAAUUUCCUCUAAAACUCUAGAAAACCAGGAGCUGCAGGAGCAGCUGGAUUUACAGCGCAGGAAGCACCAAGAAGUCUCUCAGCUCUGCCAGAGUCUCCAAGCUGCUCAGUCCUCCUGCUCAGAGCACAUCAUCAAGAUUAAGGAGCUGGAGAGGCGUCUGGCCCUUCAGGAAGAAGACAUCGCUAUAGUGAAGACUGUGAAGUCAGAGGUGGCCAAAGUGCCAGACUUGGAGAAGGAAGUGAAGCGCCUGAGAGAUGAUAACGCCUUCCUCAGGGAGAGCAGAGAGAAUUGCAGCUUGUUGAAAGAGGAGGUGGAGGGGCUGAGGAAGAAGCUGGAGAGGAUGGAGAAAACAAAGGAAGAGCUGGUUAAUAUGGAACUAGAGAAAGAGAGGUUGGCAGAGAAACUCCAAGCCUGGGAAAAUCUAGGCCAGUCUACUGGACUCAACAUCAGGAAACCAGAGGAUCUGUCCAGGGAGGUGAUUCAGAUCCAGCAGAGAGAAAUCGCUCUGAAAGAGCUGAACUACACACUCAACAGCCGGAUGAGGAGUGUGGAGCGUUUGCAGUCAGAGCUCCGGGCAGAGCUGACCCAGCAGCGCGGCAAGGCUUUGGAGGAGCAGAAGAAGAGAGAGAUACAGGACUUGCUCGUUCGUCGACUACAGAAGAGAGUGCUGCUGUUAACCAAGGAGCGAGAUGGAAUGCGUUCAAUUUUGGAGUCCUAUGACAGCGAGUUGGCACCGGCCGAGUAUUCGCCGCAGCUCAGUAAACGUGUCAAAGAGGCAGAGGAAAUGUUGCAGAAGACACAGAACCACAAUAUAGAGAUGGAGGCCCAGCUGACCAAAGCACAGGAAGAGACAGGCAGUCUGAAGCUGCAGCUGCAAGCAGUGGAGCUGGAGCUGGAGUCUAUAAAGAAACAGCAGGCCUCUGCUGCUGACAGCAACUCUUCAGUGGCCAAAGAGGAGGUCAGCAUACUCAGGCAGAAAAUAGAGGAUUUAGAAGCGGAGCGGCAGCGUCUGGAGGAGCAGAACAACAUCCUGGAGAUGAGACUGGAGAGACACAACCUACAGGGAGACUACGAUCCAGUCAAAACCCGAGUCCUUCACUUCAAAAUGAACCCUACAAGUGUUGCCAAGCAACAGCGCCAGCAGGAAGUAGAAGCUCUCCGGGAGGAAGUGACAAGCCUCAGAGAGCUGGUGCGCUCGCUGCAGGAAGGCGGCGCUCUGGCCCACUCACAGGACGACUCCAGCAUGCACGUCUCAAGCCUCAGCCUGCCACCAUCCAAGGAGGUUCUGGAUUUACGUAAGCAGAUGGAGAGCUCGGAGCUGAGGAACCAGAGGCUGAAGGAGGUGUUUCAGAGGAAGAUUCAAGAGUUUCGCACAGUCUGCUACCUCUUGACUGGCUACCAAAUAGACAUCACCACAGAGAACCAGUACAGGCUCACCUCAGUCUAUGCAGAGCACAUGGACGACUCCCUGCUCUUCAAAAAGAGCUCCAGUGGAAGCAUGCAGCUCAUGGAGACAGAGUUCUCCAAAACUCUGGGAGAGAUGGUGGCCCUUCAUCUGCAUCACCAGAAGAGCCUCCCAGCAUUCCUCUCGGCCGUGACUCUCGAACUCUUCAGUCGACAAACCACGAUCUGAAGUAAUCUGACACCACUCAGACACAUGGCUGCAAAUUCUCUUCCAGACUUAUGAUUUUCUUCCCCCCGCUUUUUCUUCUUACUCAUAUGUCAUUCACACAGUGUUGGAAAUGUGCCGGCAUUUCUCUGAAUCUCUGACACGAACAGUGCAGUCAGUGCUGUAUUGUGCAUAAAAAACAAAUCGUCUUAACUGCAUACAAAAAGCUUAGACAGCAUCUUUAUACCCCUAUUUGUACUCUGAAUAUUUCAUCAAUAAACUUUUUUAACACAAUCUACUGAAUGCCAGAACAAGGUUGUCUUUAAGAUGAAGCACAAAAGCCACUUGUUUGUAUUUGGAGCUUGUUCCUCUUCUUGCAGUGGUUUUUGUGUUUCUCUGGAUGUGCUGCAGAUGUGUUUUGCAAGGCUAAGUCAUUGUUGUCUCUUUUUAUUCUGCCUUUGCUGUUUUCUCUCUCUCUGGGGCCCUUUUAUAAAAGGCUUUGCAUAGAUGUGCUCUGGUUACAGCAAGUCCCAACUAGUAUAAAGAUACUGUUAAAGAAAUCCACUCAAAAGCAAGAUGUUUCAAUGCCAUGACUUCUUUUUCUCUUUAUUUUAUACAUUAUAGUCUCAUCAGUGUCCUUUCAGCAAUACUGUUUUAGUUCUUUUUUUAAUUAGUGAAUUAUUUUGAUUAGUGCUGUCUAAUGAUGAAGAAACUUAUCUAAAUAGUUAAAGACUUUGUAAUUUAUUAACUGCAGUUGAUUGCAUGUAUUUAUGAUAGAAGGAUUGUAUUACAGUAGUGGUUCCUAUCCUGGGGUCUGGGCCCCCCUAGGAGGGUACUAAAGAUCUCAGGGGAGACACAAGGCUUCUUUUGCUCAGAGGCUGGCAAAAUUAGACGUGCAUGCAUCAAACUGAGUCAUUAUAAAGCAUUAAUUAGAUUGUUUAUAUGUAGAACAUAUAUAAAGAAAACAAGCAUAUCAGCCUAUUUUGUUGGGAAUUUAUAAAUGAAAACACUUAAAGAUACAAUAUGUGAAUUUUUUGCCAUGAAAAGUGGCAAUUCCUAUGCUAAAUAUUUUUUUUAUUAAGGUCUUACAGUAUUUUAAAUAUUUCCUGUAGUUUUCGAAGACAGAAUUCUUAAUUUACCAUAGAGUUCAAGUUAAGUCGCCUCCACAUUCGUUCAGCGCUGCCCAUCUCUGUGGCCUCCUUCUCAGUUCUUCCUCUUGUUUUGAUUUGAGGACUCUGUUCAGUCGAACAUUGCAUCAUAAGAUGUAUUUACUAAACAGAAAACCCAUGUUUUGUUUCAUCUAUAAGUGCUGAAGAAUGCACAUGUGCGUAGGAAGCGAUGCUAGAGCGCAAGGACAUCAUGGGCCCUCUUCCAGCGUGAAUGCGGAAGUGCACUUUUAAGCGCACUUCUCCCUCAUUAUAAGAAACACAUGAAUGAAAACAAAAUGUUUUUCUGUUUAGAUAAUACACUUUAUGAGGUAUUUUUUUUACUGAACAGAGACCUCAAUUCAAAACAAGACUUCAGCAACAGAGCUGGCCUGCACUCAUCAUUUGGUGUUAUUGUAUUGGUUCAGAGUCCACUGGUAGUGGAAUUUGACACACUGUCUGUUUAAAUUUGAUGGCUAUUUUUGACAACAAGGUAC